CAGGCGCAGAACAUCAUUCGCUUUGUAUUCUUCGUUGUGUUUACUUCGUUAAUUCAAAACUAAAUCAAAAAUGUCAGGACGUGGCAAAGGUGGCAAAACCAAGGGAAAGUCAAAGACCCGCUCCAACCGGGCUGGACUCCAGUUCCCAGUCGGUCGUAUCCAUCGGCUUUUGCGCAAAGGAAACUACGCCGAGCGUGUGGGUGCAGGUGCUCCAGUUUACCUAGCCGCAGUUAUGGAAUACUUGGCUGCCGAAGUCUUGGAGUUGGCCGGAAACGCAGCUCGUGACAACAAGAAGUCGAGAAUCAUCCCCCGUCAUCUCCAACUCGCCAUCAGGAACGACGAGGAAUUGAACAAGCUUCUCUCUGGAGUCACCAUCGCCCAGGGUGGUGUUCUCCCCAACAUCCAAGCUGUUCUUUUGCCCAAGAAAACCGAAAAGAAAGCUUAAAUUUUCUACCCACCUUUCAAACAAUCGGCCCUUUUCAGGGCCACCAAAUAUUUUUACGUUUGAAUUCUAUGUUCUUUACAUUAAUAUUUAAAGGACAACUAAUAUUAAUAAUAAUUUAAUUAUUUGGAAAAUACAUCAAAAAUUGUAACAAAAUACUUGAAAAAAAUAAUUGUUUUUAAUUAAAUUUUACAAAAUUUCAAUUAUUUUAUUUUUCGAUAUAAAAAAUGGUGGAAAUAGCACGUAAUAACGUACUAGGCCGUAAUUGUGUACAUUUAUUUACCUUAUUCGUAAUCAGCGACCUCGAAAACAGUUUAAUA